AUGUCGAUUCCACUCAUCAACGGGUUGGCCCACCAGCUGGUGGACCAUGUGAUGGAGGAUUUGCUCGUGCGGUUCCUUGUCAAUUGUCCCGAUGAGGACUUGAGUCUGAUUGAACGAGUGUUUUUCCAGGUGGAAGAGGCGCAGUGGUUCUACACCGAUUUCCUCAAACAGCUCAACCCCAAGCUCCCCCCAAUGAAAAUGAAGCAGUUUGCCGGCAAAUUCCUCGAGAAGGCGCCGUUAAUUUGGAAGUGGGGAGACCCCGGCGACGCGUUGGGCCGGUUUGGCCGCUAUAAGCUGACGAUCCCCGUGCGUGGGGUCGCCUGCUUCAACGAGGACUUUUCUAAGGUGUUAUUGGUUAAAGGGACCGAUUCCCACUCGUGGUCGUUCCCCAGAGGUAAAAUAUCCAAGGGGGAAUCGGAUAUGGACUGUGCUGUUCGAGAAGGGGAAGAAGAGAUUGGCUAUAACGUUCGUGGUCACAUCGACGAAAACGACGUCGUCGAACGCAAUAUCCGGGGGAAAAACUACAAGAUCUACAUGGCACUGAAUGUACCUGAGGACUUUCCUUUUGCCCCAAAAGCUCGUAACGAGAUCUCCCAGAUUAAGUGGUUUGACGUUAAGUCGUUGGCGAGAAAGGUGAAACAGCACCCUAACCAGUAUUUCAUCGUCGAGACGAUGAUUAAACCGUUACUCAAAUGGGUUAACAUCCAGAAGGGUACGGCACAAGACCUCGACAAGAUGUACGCUGCCGAACAGGCGCUUAAGGAGCUCUUGGGGCUCACCCUACCGGCGCUGCAAGCGCCUAAAGCCGACCACGACGCCGGCAGAGAGUUGCUCAACAUCUUACAAAAACAACCAGCCAUCCCUCAACAGCACCAGCAGCAACAGCCACAAACUGCCUCACAAGCACCGCAUCUGGCACCUCCUCAGCAGCCGAUGAUCCAGAUCCCUCACUACGUGUACCAGCCCGUACAACAGUAUUUGCCGUCACCGAUGCAGUUCCCGCCCAUGCCCUUCCCUGGCCAAGUGGCCCCUCAGCCUCCCCAAGGCGUUCCUCAAGGUCCUCCUGGUAUAUCGGGCCCUCCUCAACAACAACACAACCCUCAGCAGAUGCCUGCGCCGCAAAUGGCGGCUCCCAACCCCAACCUGUUUAACAAGCCGCAAAUGGAGCUGAAGGAACUCCUCCUGAUCCUUAACAGUGCCAACAAACCAGCAAAAAGCCCUCGGGAUCUCCCCGCGGCGUCGACUCUGGCGCUGGAGUCUAACCGCUCUAAGGCCAACGAGCUUUUGCUGCUAUUUAAAAAGCCGGCAACCGACGACUUGGCCACCGCCUCUCCCGCUGCGCUGGCACGCCUGGUGCUGCCGCUGGCGCUGCUGGUGCCGCUGGUGGCGGCCACUGGUUCUCGCCGGGCCGAGUCUCCUGGUGGCGAUCUCCUCCUGAUUCUCCACCGCAAACAACAACCACAACCCAAACCCCAAUCGCCGUUGUCGCUGCUGCCGCAAACGCCGCAGUUCCAGCCGUCCAAUGUGCUCGAGCAGUCACUUACGCUGUCGCAGCAACCACAACCGAAAAAGGUCACAAUCCUCAAGCGAUCAUCGGAUAAUAAGAACGCCAACGACUUGUUGCUGUUAUUGAAGCCUAAGGAAAAAGCCACCGAGUCUCUGCUGGUGGCUGAACACCCUGAAGCUCCCGUCUCCUCCGUUCCCUCCGUAUCCACUGCUCCCUCAGUACUGGCAUCUCAGGACCUUCUUGGGCUUCUUCAAAAGCCAAAAGCGACUGCCACCACUGACAAAUCCCAAUCGGAAGUGCUGAAAUCGCCGUCGCUGAACGCGGCGUCGCAGGAGCUUCUCGGCAUGCUCAAGCCGAAACCGGCUCCGCUGGUGACGUCGCUGCCUGCGCAAGACCUUCUCGGUAUGCUUAAACCGACGCCGACAAGUGCCGCCAGUGAACAACCGCCUCAGCCUACUCCUCAGACUGCUUCUCAAGCCAACCCUCACCCUACCCAAUCCACGCAAAAGCCUGAGGGCCAAUUUGAAGAUUUCGAAGACUUUGAGGACUUUGAAGACUUUGGCCACAUCAACAACCAGUUCACCCAGCAGUUCCAUAACUUCGAUAUCGAGUCCGACGAGGAAGACGUCGACCACUUGUUGGAUCAACAGAACAAUAAGCCCAUCGACUUCUUCAAGCAGCCUUCCCCUGCCAGUGACGCUCCCCCUGUGAGAGGUAAGAUCCGCUUGCUUAAGCCCGGCGAGCGGCUCGACGACAUCAAGCUGCCCCUGGCGGAACCGGCUCCAUUGCCGUCGGCGGGGCAAGAGCUCUUGGCACUCCUCAACGGUGGCGGCGCCAACCCCAAUGCCGCAGCCGCUGACACCAACAACCAACCGGGCCCGAAAGCAAACGCUGAUUUCUUCCAGAACCUCUUGUCUAGGCAGUCCUAG